UAACUUACAUCAUUACAGUGCAUUAAGUAACGAAGUAACUCCUUUUAUUCUCUGUUGGAAUUUCUCUAUGCCAUAGGAAUACGAGAAAGGGGGUACCAUCAGGUACAGACAUGGCGGACGAGCCUACAAUGUCAGCUAGAUCAGCGUUCUUCCAGUCUCUGGUGAACGGUGAGACUGAAAACCUACCCGAUCAAGAAUCGAACACCGUGAGGAUCUUCCUGAGUUCUACUUUUACAGAUAUGAAAGAAGAAAGAAACAAAUUGAUGCAGGAAGUAUUUCCAGAGCUUCGACGGUAUUGUCAACAGAGGCAGCUUGAGUUUGAAGUGGUUGAUAUGAGAUGGGGUGUACGAGAUAGUGCCACAGCAGAUCACCUGACAUCGUUCCUAUGCCUUAAUGAAAUUGACAGGUGUAAACGUAUGUCUCAGGGACCUUACUUCGUGGGUUUUCUUGGAAACAAGUAUGGCUACCGACCAUUGAAAUCAACCAUUCAAUCACGGAUCUUUAAGAAGCUCAUGACAAUCAUAUCACAAAACGAUCGCAUAACCCAAGACGACAUCAAUCUUCUGAAGAUGUGGUAUGCAGAGGAUGCAAACGCCAUUCCUCCUGUAUACGCACUUCGACCUAUCACAGCACUUCUUCCACAUUUCCACAACAAGAGUGAACCAGACAAAGAGGGGCAGGCAAGGAGAACCUGGUGGGAAAUGUAUACCAAGAUGAGGAAUGUCUUUGACGAAUUUGCCAGAUCGUCAGCAGCGAGGGAAGUUUACAGCGAACAGGAAAUCCAUUCCUUCGUCAUGUCAGUUACGGAAGAGGAAAUAAGACAUGCCCUGAAAGACAACACAAACAUUCAAGAUACAUGUUUGUUCUUUAUACGAGAUUUUCAGAAUCUUGUUCCUUCUAGAGAAAAUAGAGGUUUAGUUGCAGACUAUGCUGACGUGGAAAUGAUAAAGGAUGGAGGUGAUGUCCAAUUCAACAGGUUUCCUCAAGAUAAACUCUCCACAUUGAAGGCAAAAUACAUUCCAAGUGUAGUCCCAUCUGAUUCAGUCAUGAAGUACAAUAUACCCUGGACCGAGAAGGGUUUAAACCCAACAGAUUGUAAGGAGCAUAUAGAGUAUCUGAACGACAUGUGCAAAGUCUUUGAAAAGCGGAUGAAGGAUAUGAUAGAGAAGAGCCUGCAGGAUCGAAAGAUGUUUACUAGAGAUUUACUCCAGAUAAACAUGUACAAAGAACUUCUACACCAUUCAUCCUUCUGUAAAAUCAAAUACAGCACAUUUCAAGGACGAGAGGAUUUGAUGGGUUCAAUCCAGGCUUGCCUUACAGCUAAUCUUGGAAGGCCAUUGGUUAUUCAUGGUGUGUCCGGAUCAGGAAAGACCUCUAUCAUGGCAAUGGUAGCCAAACACAGCAAAGAAUUCUUUGGAAGAAAUUGCGUGACAGUUCUACGAUUCCUUGGAACGUCAGUACAGACAUCUUCAAUACACAUGACCCUUCAAAGCAUAUGUAGACAGAUCUGCAUUGCAUAUGGAGUGGAGCAACCUGCAGAUGAUCACCUGGAUGAUUUCUCAGAAACAGUUCAGACAUUCAACAACUUGAUCAGAACAGUUCCAUCCAAAGAAAGGUCUCUUCUAUUACUCCUAGAUAGCAUUGACCAACUGGCUUCCAAUAAUAAUGCUCAUAUGAUGAACUGGUUACCCAAACACCUCCAUGAAAACACCCAUAUUGUUGUCUCCAUGCUUGAAGAAGAGCACCAAUGCCUUAAAAAUAUCAAAGUGGCUUUGAAGGAUAACAGAUGCUACAUUAAAAUGGACCCUUUGGAAAAAGAUAAUGGUCUUGCAAUCAUGAAGAGUUUGCUAAAGAGCAGAGACAGAACACUGACGCGUGAGCAAGUCGACAUUGUGACAGAUGCCUUCAUAAAAUGUCCUCAGCCCUUGUUCUUGAAACUGUUGUUUGAAGAAUUUGUGAGCUGGCCAUCUUUCAAGAAGAUAGAAGAGAUAAAUCUUCCUGGUAAUAUUUCUGAAGCUAUCUUGUCCUUGUUCAAAGAUCUAGAAGAUCGACAUGGAAGACUCUUUGUAGCCCAUGCUCUUGGUUAUCUGACAGCAGGAAAGAGUGGUCUGACAGAAGCAGAGAUAGAAGACGUCCUUUCGUGUGAUGACAAAGUCCUCAAUGAUGUCUAUCAGUACUGGGAUCCUCCUGAUGAAGACAUUGUUCGAAUUCCUCCAUCUCUGUGGAAGAGGUUACGUCUGGACAUCGACGAAUUCAUUACUGAACGUCAAGCAGGUGGAAAGACUGUGCUUGCUUGGUAUCACCGACAGUUCAUUGAAACUGCUCAGAAAAUGUAUCUUGGCGACCCUUAUACCAAUGUAGUUAGGCACCAGCUACUUGCUGACAUGUUUAGGGGAGAGUAUAGUGAUGGUGCUAUCAAACCAAUUACACUACAUGGUCGUAAGAAGGAAUUCAGAAAGGCUGAUCGCCAAGCAGCAGCUCAACCACUAAUGUUCGGAGACGAUGUUUUCAAUUUGCGCAAGUUGCAAGAACUUCCAUAUCACCUCAUGCAAUGUACACCUGUAGAUUGCUUUCCAAAUGGUUUGAUUAAGUACGUGAUGUACAACUAUGAAUGGAUUUUAGCCAAGUUGAGAGCUUUAAGUUUCAUAGAGCUUGUAGAUGACUUCAUGCAGUAUGAUGACGAGAGCGCUCUUCUGAUAGAUGCACUUUACCUCUCGGGGAGCAAUAUCAAGGAGGACCCGUUUGCAUUGGCAGGCCAGUUAAUUGGUCGAUUGACUGACUUCGUGGAUGUAUAUCCAAAUAUUGGAAGACUUCUUCAAGAAGCCAAGUCCUGGAUGCAAACAACUACUCUGUCUCUCAUAAUUCCCAGAGGUGCAUGUCUUAUCCCUCCUGGAGGGCAGUUAAAAGCAUCUCUUGCAGGUCAUCCAAAUAGAGUCGAGGCCAUUCGAUAUGCAUGUUCUGUAGGCAUGCUUGUAACCAUCUGUAACGAUAAUGAUGGACAACCAAUGGCAAAUGUAUGGGAUGAACCAAAGAUAGAACUCAUUCACACCCUCGAGAUAAAAGCUAAGCAAAAAGCUUCAGGUAAAUUGACACUCGUUCUGAGCCCUGAUGAGAAACAUGUUGUCUUUGGUUGUCAAGUGCUUGGUGUGUUCGCACUUUCUAGUGGGUCACUGGUUUGCAAGUUGGAAACUGGAAAGAACCAUGCUAUCAGCUCAUGCACGAUACAAGAAGAUGGGUGUCAUGCUGUAGCUGGUGCAGAAAAGGGCACAAAUGUGUACUUGUGGGAUUUGAGAAAUGGGCAACUCCUGAUGAGCUUGAAUCAUCCUGCAGCUGUUCAUUUUACCUUUUUCGAAGGCAAUUCUGAGAUUCUGUCCGUCUGUCAAGAUGGCCGUAUCAGACGAUGGUCAAUCGAUACCAAGGACUGCAUUCACUGUUUUGAGGUCCAUAGGGCUGGUGAUAUCAGGGAAGCAACUCGCUCAGCAAUGAAUAAGACCAUGAUCACGGGAAGUUACGAUGGAACUAUCAAGAUAUCAAGCUAUCUCCAUGAAGAACACAAUUCAAGCAUAACACUCAAAGCACACAAGAAAGCCAUAUCAUGCCUCUUGAUUUUGUCAGAAAACCGACUUGCUUCUGGUUCUGGAGACUCUGUUGUUUACAUCUGGGAUAUGGUGACAGGAAUGGCGAUAUUGUCCUUCAAAGGUCAUGUUGGGAUGAUCACAUCUCUAUGGUUUGGUGAAGCUGACCAGAGUGUUGCUGACUCACGAGAGAUUCUGGUAACUGGAUCAAAGGAUGAUUGCCUGAAUGUGUGGAGUCUGAACACUGACCACACUGAGAAUUCUCUCAUCACCUCCUUAGAAGGACAUUCAUCAUGGAUUACAGAUGUAACAGGAUCAAGCAGUCAGAAAAUAUACUCUGCAUCUAAUGAUAAAAGUGCUAAAGUAUGGGACUACAAACGAAAUACGGUGAUAAAAAGGGAGAGGCACAAAGAGCAUGCAUUUGGACUUGUCUUUGGACCUGACAAAUCAACAGUCAUUACGAGUGGACAAGAAGGUACUGUCAAGUUCUCAAGAUUCUCCGACUGCCAGGUGAUCCGCCAAGAAUCUGGGUUUGCAUACACUCUCUUGAUAAGCAGUGAUGGCAAGAAGCUCAUAGGUGGAAUGGUCGAUGAAGGCGUGGUCCGUGUAUGGGAUGUUGUUCAAUCAGAGGACAGGAAUAGUUCAUUCGAUCUUGAGGGUCAUGACAAGGAUGUUCUGUGUAUUAUCCAAGGUCAUGAUGACGAGAUCAUCACAGGGUCACUGGAUACAACGGUUAAACUGUGGUCACUGGAAUCAAAGUCAUGUCUGAAAACACUCGAAGGGCACAAAGGUUCUGUUGAAAUUGUGAAAGUGACGAAGCAAGAAGCAGACACUCUGAUCCUAUCAGCAGAUAGUAAGGGUAUGCUGAAUAUCUGGGAAUAUAAGACAGGAGAAUGUCUGCUAUCAGCUAAAGAGCACAGGACAUCAAUACGAUGUCUUUCUGUAUCCGAUGAUGGUAAAUAUGCGGUCACAGGAGGAAAUGACAAGAAGGCCCUACUCUGGUCAUUGGAUUCGUCUGACGGUUCUUUUGGUAAGGUGCUACAACGUUUGGCAGUACAUACAUCAGAGGUAACGUGUGCUAUCUUCAUGCACGAUGGUAGAAGGAUUAUCACAGCUUCACAUUCAGGAAGUAAACAGCUCUAUAUGUGGAAUAUAUCAGGAGAUGAAACAGACCAACAUUUCAUCUAUGGACAUUCCCACGCAAUCCUAGAUAUGCAUAUAUCAGCAAACGAUUGUUACUUGGUUACAGCAUCCCGUGACUGCACCGUCAAGGCUUGGCAUCUUCCAUCCCGACAGUUGAUGGCGUCCUUUGACUGCAAAUCAGCGAUAAAGCACAUAGAUGUGGUUUACAUCAAUGAAGAUCACUACCGUAUAGCAGGAGAAAACAAAACUGGAACUAUUCUCCUACUGGAUCUGUUUCUCCCAAAAGCAGACAGGUCUGAAGCCUACUAUCAAUCACAAGUAAUGUAAUGAAAUAUGUUCAUAGACCACCUUAUAUUAAUAUUUGUAUACAUAUAUAAUAUCUAAAAGCAUAUUAUGCUUUUAGAUUUCUGUGAUACAUUACAACAAAUUUAAUUAAAGGGAUGGUCCGGGCUGAAAGUAUUUAUAGCUUAAUAAAUAGAGUAGAAUUCACUGAGCAAAAUGCUGAAAAUUUCAUCGAAAUUGGAUAACAAAUAACAAAGUUAUUGAAUUUUAAAGUUUAACAAUAUUUUGUGAAAACAGUCGUCAUGAAUAUUCAGUAGGUGGACUGAUGAUGUCACAUCUCCACUUGUUCUUUUGUAUUUUAUUAUAUGAAAUUAGGUAUAUUCAAAUUUUUUCCUCCAAGAACUAGAAAAAUUGGAUUGACAACUGAUUUAGUGCAUUAGACAUUUAUUGCUGCAACUUAUUUCAUUAUAAGGGAGACAUAUUAUUCACACAAGUAUGAAAUAAUGAAAAAAUUAUGAUUUUAUGUAAUAACAUAAGAAAACGGAAAGUGGAGAUGUGACGUCAUCAGCCCACCUAAUGAAUAUUCAUGACGACUGUUUUCACAAAAUAUUGCUAAACUUUAAACUUCAAUAACUUUAUUAUUUGUUAGCCGAUUUUGAUGAAAUUUUCGGCAUUUUGCUCAGUGAAUUCUACUCUAUGUAUUAAGAUAAAAAUAUUUUCAGCCCGGACCACCCCUUUAAUGAUUGAUGGAACAAGAACAUCUUGAUCAUCUAUUCAUAUACUGUAUUCCUGUAAAUUAAAUGCAAACAAUAAAGGGUUACUGGAUCCAAAUUUAGAAAACAUGUUAUCAACAACAAUCGCAAGAAGUCUGUGUCAAAAAUAAUCAAAUGAUGUGGCUUUAGUAGAGGAAGUGAACAGAGAAGUUGUGAAACAGGACUCUUAUGCAUGUAAACACUCCAGGAUUGAAAAGAGAGAUGGUUGAUAAAAUGGAUAGUGAACUGAUGACAAUCUUGUUCAUGGGUCGUCCUAAGAUAAAAUGGUGCAUGAUAAUUUCAUCUUUCUCUUCAGUCAGAAGUCAGAGUAUGAAUGUUAGAAGCUUUAAUGCACCACUUUUUAAAAAAAUCCAGAAUCAAUGUGUUCAAACAUGAAGCUUAAUUAAAACUUACACCCGCUCUGAUACCAAAAUGGUGGCAAAAUUUGAAUGAAAAAAAGUGCCAUUACAUCCAGGGUUUUCUACAUAUUACAUAACUGAAUAGGAUUCAAAGUGGAGGUCUUAUGAAACCAGCUCUUUUCAGCUGAAAAGCAGCUUUAAUUACAUAUUUAUGAAAAGCAAUUACAUCUUAGCUUUUUUUAUCUAUGAUAUAAGGAUAUGAGUACAAUAUACAUAGGUAGUUAGAAACAAAAAGAUUUUUUUUUUCAAAAACCUUGCAUAUGACAAAAAGUAUUAGCCUGAAUAAAAUUCAGUUGUAGCAAGGUAAUAUUUAGUCAUACAAAUAUUAUUGUUCGUUGUAAACAUGAAUUAUUAAUAUACUUGUAGUAUACCUUUCUUGAUGUCACUCAUAUAUGGGUCAAGUCUAGAAAAUAAAAGAAAUACAACAGAUAUCAAUUUCACUUCUGAAUUUAAUUCAUUUCACAAAAUAUUAGAAUAGAUUUGGUUUACAAUAUCACAAUGAAGGUAACACAUCAUUUGAUCUUCUGACUCUUGCUCCUCCUCUAAUAUCUCUGGAGAUAUUAGGUGAGGGUUGUUAUAGGGUUUGCAGUUUAGAAUUAUGUGAGGAUUGGGAUUAAGGUUAAGGUCAAGUAGGUUAAUGUUUGGCUUAAUGUGUGAAUUAUCAAUGGGAGGUAUUGUCAUAAAAGCAAAUGUCACAGAACCCACAAUGAAACCAUGAAAGUCAUUAAUCAUCUAGUCAAUUUAUUAUUCUCAAUUGAUAUUCAAUAUGAUGAUGUGAUAACACUAGGAUUAAAUUGAUGAUUUAUAAAUAAAAGAAUGGAAUGUAAUAUGACAUCAAACACCUACACCAAUCAUUGUUUUUUAUUCAGUCAAAACCACAAAUGAAUAUUUUGAAUACAAAUACAAUUGUUCACACAAUAUCAUAGUAUAUUGAAAUAAGAAAAUACAUGAUAAAUAACUACAAAUAUCAAUUUGUCUGUUAUCUAUGUCUACAUAUAUACAGAUUAUAAUCCUGAUUGAUUAAUUCUAAGCAUCAAUAAAAAUGUGUUGUGACAAAGAUGAUGAUGAAUUUGUAUAGCAAAGCCACUGUAUAUUUCUACUGCACUUUGCUUACACUAAACACUUAAAAUGAUGAUGUACUUAAUUGCUUCCCAACAAAGAUGUGUCUUCAAUAAUGAUUUGAAUAAUAAUUAAGUAUUCUGGACUCAAUUUUGUUUAGAUGAUUUGUUAUAUCUGCAUGAUAUAUUCAUACCUGAGUAAUUUGUUUCUUUGUUUUGUUUUGUUCAUGCAUGUUAUAUUACUAUAAUUAUACCAGUGGGAAAAAAAAUCUUUGUAAUCAUGUUUAUGAAGACAAAAUAAAAUAUCUUGUACAUGUAAAAUAAUUAGCUUUAGAACUGAUUAUGUACAAAGUGUCAUGUUUGAGUGUGACCCUUUCCUUUGCAUCUUUGUAAUUUUUCAACAUUAAAACACAACUGCAUUACAGAAAUUAUCUUUUACUGCAUUUGUGGCUGCUUUGUACUGCACCCCUGUCCUUUUCAUUUUCAUAAUUACAUGUACAUGUAUUAUUAUAAUACAUGAGAUUUACAAGAAUUUACAAUUUCAAGAAGAUUUUAGCCUUUGACUCAUUGUAAAGCCAAAUUUGUAGUUGUUUGUUCAUUCUGACAUAUGUAUAAAAAUAUACAUAUUCCCUGUUAAAUUAUAUAUUUUCCAAGAUACAAGGCAAAAAUUUACAAGAAAAGACUUAAUCUUAUCUAAUUUUGACAGAGCUUGAUAUUAUCACUACUAUUGCACAAGAAAUAUUUUCCAUUAAGUUCAUGAAAGGAAAUGUUCAAAAUAUAUAAGAGAAUAAAAAAUCUAUGAAAUAUUUAAGUAGAAAACUACAUGUACUUGAAAGCAAGGUAGGUAAAUGAUUGCAAGGUUUUUAAAGAUCACAUUAUAUCACAAUAAAAUCCAUUAUAGAAUGCAAGUGAUGAAAUCCAACUUGUGAUUAUAGAGAUAUUUAUGAGUGCACUUGUUCAAUUUCUAUAAAUCUACAAUACAUUCAUACAUACUGUGAAUAAACAUUAGUAUGUACAAUGACAUGCACUGUACAUAUGACUCAUCAUUACCAGGAAGACAACUGAUACUGCCUACAUUGUGCUUUCCCUUUUUCAUAAUGCCCUUUAACGAUAAAAGGAAACAAGUGUCACGUCAAUCAAACUCUAUUUACAAAUAUAUAGCACUUAAUACUUUGUUUUCAGAGCUCUUUACACUGCAAUUAUUAUAUACAGUGAUACAUUUUUGUACAAUGAAAUGCUCUGUAUGUAUGACUCAUCAUUACCAGAAAGACAACUGAAACUGCGUACAUUGUAUUUGUCUUGUUUCAUAAUGCCCUUUAAGUACAAAAGGAAACAAGUGACAAGCUUAAGUCAAUUAAACUAUGUACAAGUAUCCAUAUUUUUGAUAUUCUACUUAAUGUGCUUUUCUUCUGGGCAAAAAUUAAUCCACUGAUACUCUUCCAGAGAAGAGAUAUGCUGGUCAAGAUGAGGUAUUUAAAUGAUAUCAGUAUAGACAAAAGACACAUUCUGAACUUUUAGAAAAAAUGUCACUUGUCACUUGCUAUGUUUUUGUUGUUAUAGGGGUGCAUGUUACAUGUAAGUAGGAAAUAUCACAGAGAUAACAUAGGUCCUUGAACAUGAUAUCAGAUACAAGUCCCAAGUACAGGAGAAUAACGAAACUAUUCGUUGUACAAGAGAUGUGGAAAACUCAAGGGUGGCACUCCACCUACAUAUUCAUACCAAUCUUCUAUUUUGAGAAGAUAGAAUGAUUUGAUAUGUUCAUAUUCAAAAGUAAUUCUUCACUGGAUUAUUUAAUUGCUAA